AUGGCAACCCAAAAACAAAAACAAAAGAACGAGACAUAUUUAAAUUAUAUAUACAUUGCCAAGACAAGACUGAUUUUAUUGAGUAAUAAACAACAAAAAAAACACUUCACAAACAACGGAUAAGACUGUAUCAGCGAUAAUUUGGUGAUAAAAUUCAGCUUUAGACGCCCAGCGAACGCCAAACCAAACACAAAGCAACAAAGAGACUGACCUGGAACUGAUACCCCGCCGCGAUUAAAACUCGACGCACACUUGACAGUUUGUCAGUGCCACUUGGGGACAACGGACGAGGUUCAUCAUCAUCCGAUCUCCACCAGCCUCAGCAGCAGCACCAGGAUCAUGUGCGUGAUCUUUUUUUAUACCAAUUCAGAUCCGCAGCCCGGUGGCUAUAGGCUCAUCUUGGCCUCCAAUCGCGAUGAGUUCUUUGCCCGUAAAACUGUGAGGGCGACCGAAUGGCCCGACGCGGAUCAUGUCGUUGGCGGCAUUGAUCUCGAACCGGGCCGCGAGGGUGGCACCUGGCUGGCCAUUGGCAGCGCCAUCGGAGUCUUCAAAGUUGGGGCCUUGCUCAAUCUCACAGGCGAGCCCAAGCCUCGCGAUGCAGUCGCGCACAAGAACAUUUUGCAACCAAAUAACCAAAACAACAACAGCCAUAACAGCGGCAGCAGCAGUAGCAGCAGCAGCAGCUGCAACAGCAAGACGCAAGAAAAUAACGAACAUUUUUUACUAGGGCGCGGCAUGAUUGUGGCAGACUUUGUGUCCCAGUUCGAUGAGCCAAACAGCAGCCUGAACUUCAACCAGAGCCUGCUCAAGGACUGCACCAAGUACAGCGCCUUCAAUUUUGUCUCCAUUGAGAUUGGGCCCAAAUCCCUGCCAGCCCAGAUCAGACUGCUGAGCAAUGUACCGCCCACCCUGAACGAAUUUGAGGAGGGAAAAUGCUAUGGCUUCGGCAACAGUCUGCCCGGGACACCCUUUGAGAAGGUGCGCUUUGGCCAGAAGCAGUUUAGCAAUAUUGUGACGGAGCAUGGCGCGGCCAGUGUGGAGACACUCAGUACCCAGUUGUUGGAGCUGCUCAAGAACAAGAAGAAAUUCUGGCCCGACGAGGAGCUAAAACGUCGAGCCCCCAAUUGGGGCGAGGAAUUGAGUGCGCUCAAUGUGCACAUUGCCGACCGCGGCUAUGGCAGUCGUACGCAUUCAGUUAUCCUCGUGGACACCAACAACAAGAUGCACUUCUUUGAGGAAAACUUUGAUCCGGAAAUGAAUUCGCAAGAGCCCUGGAAUCUAGGGACGGUGGUCCACAAGCACUUGGGAGGGAUCUAGUGGGGAAGAAUUUGUUUUUUUCUUCAACGCCUGUUAUGUAUGUGUAAUAAUAAUAAUAAUAAUAAUA